AUGCAGCGGCAAAGACGUAUACCAUACCAUGUGAGAAAGGAUGUUUCGAAGGAACUAAAGAAACUAGAAGAGCAAGACAUUGUCGAGAAAGUCGCCAAUCAACCAACACCAUGGAUAUCUCCAAUAGUUGUCACGCCAAAGAAAGACGGAGGUAUUAGACUCUGUGUAGACAUGAGGGAAGCAAACCAGGCAAUCGAAAGAGAGAGAAACACAAUGCCAACUUUACAAGAUUUUAAAGCUGAGGUAAAUGGAGCAAAAUUCUUCUCAAAGAUUGACCUAAAGCAAGCAUAUCACCAGCUCGAAUUACACCCGGACAGUCGAUUCAUUACAACGUUUUCUACCCAUGAAGGACUGUUCCAGUAUAAAAGAUUAAAUUACGGUACGAACAGUGCAGCCGAGAUAUUCCAAAAUGUGCUACAACAAAACCUUAGCGAUAUCAGAGGAGUGAAAAACCUGGUGGAUGAUAUUAUUAUUCAUGGUAAAACACGAAAGUCACACGAUGAAGCACUAGAGAACUGUCUAAAACGGCUAGCAGCACUAAACUUGAAAGUGAAAGGGGAAAAAUGUGAAUUUCUACAAGACGAAAUUACAUUCUUCGGAUUAAAAUUUACAGCAGCAGGAACCAAACCAGAUCCAGAGAGAAUUGAGAACAUGGUUAGAGUACCACCUCCCAAAACUGCUGGAGAAGUUAGAAGUUUUCUGGGAAUGGCCAACACUUGCCACGAAUACAUUCCAGAUUAUGCAACUAUUACAGCACCUCUAAGAGAACUAACCAAGAAAAACAUUGCGUUUAAGUGGGAAAAUAGACAUCGGAAAGCAUUUGAGCAACUGAAAAAGAAACUAACAAGUACCCCAGUUAUGGCAUAUUUCGAUACAAAGAAACGAAGUCUAGUAAUCGUAGAUGGCUCCCCUUAUGGAAUUAGUGCAAUACUAGCACAGAAAGAACAUCACAGCCAGCAGUACAAAAUCCUUUCAUAUGCAAGCAGAGCACUCAGCCCAGUUGAGACAAGAUACUCACAAACAGAUAUUGAAGGACUUAGCUUAGUAUGGGGAAUUGAGCAUUUUCGAAUGUUCUUGAUUGGAUCAGAAUUCGAUGUGAUAACUGAUCAUAAAGCAUUAGAAUCUAUAUUCAAUAACCCAAGAUCCAGACCACCAGCCCGCAUCGAGAGAUGGAUGAUGCGAUUACAACCAUUCAACUUCAAAGUCAUUUACCGCAAAGGAUCCUUAAACGAAGCUGACUACUUAAGUAGACAUCCAGCUGUUAUAGAGAGAGAACAAAUAACGAGUACAACAGCAGAAGAAUAUGUGAACUAUGUAACUAACUGUUCAGUUCCAAAGUCAAUGACACUUGACGAGAUUAAAAAAGCAACCCAUAACGAUCCAGUAUUACAAAAAGUUAAGAAAUGUCUGAAAGAGGGAAAAUGGGAUGAGAACAAUCCUGAUCUUAAACCGUUUAGACUUUGCGCCGACGAACUUACGUACAAUGCAUCAGCAGGUAUACUGUUGAAAAACACACGGCUGGUCAUUCCAACAACAUUACAAGAAAGAGCAACAAAAUUAGGUCAUAUCGGGCAUCAGGGAAUUGAGAAAACGAAAAGCCUACUACGCGAAAAGAUCUGGUACCCAAAUAUGGACAAACGAGUGAAAGAAAUGGUAGACAAAUGCAUUCCUUGCCAAGCAGUAGGUCACGGUAAUAACCCGGAGCCAAUGAAAAUAACACCAACCGAAGACAAACCAUGGACUAGUGUAGCAAUCGACUUCUAUGGUCCAGUACCCCGAACUGGUCAAUACCUGCUAGUGGUUAUCGAUACCUACUCCCAGAGGUAGAAAUAGUCAACUCAACCGAAGCAAAAACUUGCAUACCAAAAUUAGAUACGAUAUUUGCCAGAUAUGGAAUACCAUCAAAAAUAAAAACUGACAAUGGACCCCCAUUUAAUGGGAAAGAAUUUGAAACAUACACUAAAACCCUUGGUAUUGAAUGGAAAACAAUUACACCACUAUGGCCUCAGGGUAAUGCCGUCGUAGAAAGAUUUAUGAAACCAAUCGGAAAACUUUUGAGAACAGCUGAUAUUGAAGGAAAGAAUUGGAAGCAAGAAAUGCAAAGGUUUCUACUUCAAUACCGUUCAACUCCUCAUCAAACUACUAAAGUAGCUCCGUGUGAACUACUUUUUAACAGACAAAUUCGGGGAUACUUACCAGAACUCACAAGAAAAAAAGUAGUUAAUAGACACAAGAGGGCGAAGCAGAACUUGGAGCAGAAGAAAGAAGAGAACAAAGAGUACUACGACCGAAACAAAAGAACAAAGGAAGCUGGGAUCAAAAAGGGUGACAUCGUCAUUUGCAAACAGAAGAAGAACAAUAAGUUAACAUCAAAGUUUGACCCAGAACAUUAUACGGUAGUACAACGUAAGUACAACACCAUCAUAGCUAAAAGAGAUGGUAAGACGGUGACAAGAAACGUUUCACACUUUAAGAAGGUAGUAAUGGAGGAAAGCGAGGAGGAGCAGGAAGAUACAGCACCGGGAAGAUCGACGGAAACAGAAGAAUCACCAAAGCAAGAACCAAGUGUAAGGAGAUCAACAAGAAUGAAAAGACCGGUAAUACGAUAUCAGUACCAGAUUUGA